AUGUUCGACCUGCAGGGCGGCUGGAACCUGUCCUUUGCGGGCUGCGGCUUCUUGGGGAUCUACCACAUCGGAGUGGCCAGCUGCCUGCUGGAGAAGGCCCCCUACCUGGUGAAAGGGGCCACCAGGCUGUACGGAGCCUCCGCAGGGGCCCUCACUGCCGCAGUGCUCGCGAGCCAAGCAUGCAUCGCUAAAUGCUGCGAGGACGUCAUCGAGGUGGCGAAGGAAGCCAGGAAGAGGAACCUAGGUCCGCUCCACCCAACCUUCAACCUGGUGAAGGUCCUGAGGUCCGGCCUGAACCGGGACCUGCCCUCUGACGCCCACCUCCUGGCCUCAGGCCGCCUCUGCGUCUCCUUGACCAGAGUGGCUGAUGGGGAGAACGUGCUGGUGUCAGAGUUCAGCUCCAAAGAGGAGCUCAUCCAGGCGCUGAUCUGUAGCUGCUUCAUCCCCAUCUACUGCGGACUCAUCCCUCCGUCCUUCAGAGGAGUGCGCUACGUGGACGGCGGCAUCAGUGAUAACCUGCCUCAGUCGGAGCUGAAGAACACCAUCAGCAUCUCCCCGUUCUCCGGGGAGAACGACAUCUGUCCGCGGGAUAACUCCACCAGCUUCCACGAGCUGCGCUUGACCAACACCAGCAUCCAGAUGAACAUGGGGAACCUGUACCGGCUCAGCAGAGCGCUGUUCCCGCCCGAACCCAGGGUCCUGGCAGAGAUGUGUCAGAGUGGCUAUAAGGACGCUCUGCGCUUCCUGGAGGAGAACAACCUGCUGAUGCUGGAGCGUCCUCGUCCCGGUCUGCCCGACAGUCCCAGCAGCUGCUGCUGCUCUGAGCCCACCGAGACCACCAAGGAGUGGGUGCUGCGCAGACUCCGCCUGCUGCACGACAAGCACUGGUGGCUGGAUGAGCAGCUGGAUCUGCCCACCCAGAUAAAGAAAGUGUUCUGUGAGGCCUGCCGGGAUAAGUCGGGCCUUUACGCCAAGGUGUCUGGGAUGCUGCCGCUGAGAGUGGCCUCCUACAUUCUCCUGCCUUACACGCUUCCUGUCCAGUCGGCCUAUUCUGUGGCCCAGAGGUUUGUGGAGUGGAUCCCAGAGGUUCCAGCUGAUGUUCGCUGGCUGUUUGGCGUCGCUGGAGACGUCUACAGACAGGCGUGGAGAAUCAACCCCGCCGGCUCCACCAGCGAGCGCUCCCUGAGGAAGUGCCUGAGCGUCCCUCCGCUGCCUACAGAGACCGACUGUCCCACACAGACUAUGGCGCCUGCUCUGUCUUCUCUGGAGCUCCGCAGGGAUUACUGGAACAUCCAAUCAUCUACCUCGCCUGCCCCCCACCUCCCCGCUCUCCCUGCUCCGGCCUCCCCGCAGCCAGUCUGCUUCUUUCUGGGCUCCCAGGAUGAACCUCAGAGCCCUGAGCAGCCGUGACAAACAUCCUGAACUCGAGCUAAGCUCCGCCCCCUCUGGGUGAGGUUAGGGUGACUGAUGGGAGCGAAUGACUCUAACAUGUAGAGGGGCGGGGCGCUGCCUUCUGCUGGGCGUCCAUGUGCCUCGGAGCAAAGAGUAACGCUACGUGCUGCUUUGCGUUGGAAAAGUCGUGUCCUUUUUAGGGCGGGGCUUCUGUCCAUGAACCAAUCAGACGUUAGUGGGAGGAGUUCAGCAGGUGCCUUAAGGUGGUUUUCGAAAUCAGUUCCUUAGAAAAAAAAAAAGCAGUUUUUAUGUCAGAGAUGUUAAAAAAGAAA